UUGAUUUUGUUUAAGAAAAGUGGGGUUGUGUGGUAAUAGACAUGGGCUUGUCUGCUCCUUCGACUCAGACUCUAUGCAAUUGCAGCUACGUAAACAAUAAAAACGUUGAGUUGGGAGUAACGCGUUUCAAACCAAAAAGAAAAAUAAUCCAAUUAUUUUACUAAAAUGAUCCCUUCCUAACGCUUUCUCUAAUGCUGAAAACAUCUAACACGUGUAUGCAAGUAAUUUCACUCGAAAAAAGAAAGAUCCAAAUUCGAUAAAGUGUGGAAAAAUCUCACAACCUCGUUUCCUUGAUAUUCUUACAUCUCAUGUAAUUUUUAUCAUUUGUGAGUGAAUACAAGUUAUCUUCAUGUUUGAGCUGUUAAUCGAUCGAAGGGUCUCGCGUUAAUAACAGCCACUGCUGAUGUACUGAUGUACGGAGAAUUCUACUGUAAUAACCUUUGUUAAAAAAAUUUCUGCAGGCAAGAGGUCAGACGGGCAAACGUCACAGGAAACUACCUUGGCAUUCAAAAAUUUUACAUGCGUACUUUUGAUUCCGUUCCUGAAAUAUGCGCUUUAUUUAAGGUUAAUCCUGAGUCGGACAGUGCCAAAGCAGAUGAUCCAGAGCUGAAGAUGGAGUUCAUUUACUCAGUUUAUGACUCGCUGAGAGAAAUGCCCCCUGUCGUGCUUGAUAUACUCCAGAAAUCAAUUUUAAAUGCUGUGUUCGCUAGAGCUGAAAGCCUGUAUUCAAAGGACGAGGUAAGGGCAUACUUCAUCCUGCUCCCAUGCCCAGUUUUUGAGCCUCAGUCUUCGUAUAACGUAUUUGCACACCUACUGAAAUCGAUCGCAAAUCUAAGCAGAGAUGACCAUCAGCUCCUAGUCAAUUGGUUCAAAAUACUGGAGACAGUUCGACUUCGAGGAGUUGUUCGUAACAUUUUGCAGUUUAUUACAAUUCGCCAGUUUCCACCUGCAGAUAAAUCCCUUCCGUCCCUUAGCAAAAGUCGAUGGUGGAUCCCUGCUGCCACCAAAGUCCUAGCACUGAUAUAUGCGGCCAGUAACUUGACUGUACCACCUAUGCUGGACUACACCGAAUUCUACAACUCAGCACUAGACCACAUCGACUUGAUGCAAGAUUAUUACAAUUGGCAAUCCACGCACAAUAAUAAACAAUUCGCCUACUGCCAAUAUCCUUUCAUACUAAGCAUCGUUGCCAAAAGAGUCAUCCUCACGAAAGAUUCAGAGCAGCAAAUGAUUCUGCGGGCCCGCAGAUCGUUAGCUGCAAAAGUGGCGCGACAUCAAGCUCCUCAAAUAGACAUAUUUUUUCUAAACAUUAGGGUCAGAAGAUCACACUUAAUCAGCGAUUCUCUAAACGAGAUAGCAACUAAACAGAAAGAUUUGAAGAAAAAGCUGAAGGUCUCAUUCAUAAGCGAACCCGGUCUGGAUAUGGGUGGUUUGACGAAAGAGUGGUUCCUCCUGCUCAUUCGACAAAUCUUCCACCCUGAUUAUGGAAUGUUCGUGUACCACCCCCGAUCAAACUGUUAUUGGUUCAGUGUCGCGCAAAUUGAGAACUUGCAGGAAUACAACCUGAUUGGGGUUUUGAUGGGACUCGCUGUUUAUAACUCCAUCAUCCUUGAUCUCCAUUUCCCGACGAUUUGUUACAAAAAACUUCUCUCGCCACCGAUUGUGCCUAUAAAUGUAUCCAGUGUGGGAAUCAUUCGGAGACCGACUAUUGAGGAUCUUGCUCAAAUCAUGCCGGAUAUUUCGAAGAGUUUAACCGAAUUGUUGAUUUACGAGGGGAACGUGGAGGAUGAUUUAUGUCAAACUUUUCAGGUUUCUUUUGAAGAAUUUGGCAGAGUGGAGACAUUCCCUCUAAAAGAGAGCGGCGAAAGCAUAGCAGUGACCAACGAAAAUCGAGAGGAAUACGUUCAAUUAUACCUAGACUGGGUGCUCAAUAAGGCUAUAUUCGAGCAAUACCGUGCAUUUUACCUAGGAUUUCACAGCGUUUGUGCAUCUAACGCUCUCUUGUUGCUCAGACCUGAAGAAGUAGAAACUUUGGUUUGCGGUUCUCCUACUAUAAAUAUCACUGAACUAAAGAAAAUUACGUCCUACGAAGGUUUCAAACCCAAUGAUCCGAUCAUCAAGGAUUUUUGGAAAAUUCUAGACUCGCUAUCCACCGAGCUGAAGAAAAAAUUCCUCCUUUUCACGACGGGGAGCAACCGCAUUCCGGUCGGGGGCAUGGAGGAAAUGACGUUCAAAAUCACGAAGAUGAUCAACAAGCGUGAGAACCUACCGGAGGCACACACUUGCUUCAAUCAGCUCGUGCUUCCCGAGUACGAAACGACGGACGAGCUGAAACAGAAGCUCAUCAUCUCAAUAUCAAACGCUGAGGGUUUUGGACUGGAAUAAGAAUCUUAAUGGUGCGGGGUUAAUAUUUGUACAUAUUUUUAUUGUUUUAAAUAAAUAGAGCUUCUAUGAGGUCAGGUGG